AUGCACUGUUUCGCGUGUUGCUUCAAGGUCCAAACUGACAAAUGUGUUACAACCCAAGAGAACUCAGUACCACACAAUACUGGCGCCGAUCCUGCUCCAACAGCGUCCUCGACGGGAUUCGUGCUUCCAACACGAAAUACGGUGUCCGUCAAGGCAUGCUUGGGUAUUGAACAUUACUCCUUCAUCAAAGAUGUGGGUACGAACAACUAUCUGGAGGCCAUCACCCCAACGCACGCGUCGGUCAUGGCCGGAAGCAGCUUGGCGCCUCCAUCUUCUCGAAGCGGAACCACUCCCCGGCCGCAAGCGCCAAGCACCAACUGCUCCGGGGCAGAAAGCAACGAUGUGCUCCUCUGCGUGUCAUCAGCUUUGCCAGAGGCCAUGCGGCGACCCCGGUGGACAUCUGAUGAUUAUCUUGUCCUGGACCAAAUACACAAGGGUCAUUCGUCAACUGUCUUCAAGGCGCAGUGCCAGGCGAGUGACAUGAUUGUGGCGGUGAAGGUGUACCGCGUGUCGCAGCUGCCGGAGCUGCAGCGGCUGCACCUGUUCCGGGAGAUCAAGCUGCACGCGAUGCUCGACCACGUGAACAUCAUCGCAUUCUAUGCAGCCUUUAUGGAAGGCGAUAACGUGUUUAUUAUUGAAGAGUUUGCAGACGGUGGUGACCUGCUCGGGCUAUUGUUUAAAUACGGGGGUAAAAUUCCUGAGUCCGCCUUCUUGAAGCUGGUGGCUGUUCCGCUGCUGUCUGCAGUGCAUCACAUGCACAGCAGGGGUAUACUGCACAGAGACAUCAAACCGGAGAACGUGCUGUUCACGGCGGACAGAACUCCGAAGCUGGCGGACCUGGGCUUGGCCAUCGACACGCGCGAGGAGCGACCAAACAGCAACGCAGGAACACUCGACUACAUGGCGCCCGAGGUGCUGUCGUGUCCGCUGAAGCGUUCCCCCGAGGAGAACAAGGACAACCCGUCAGCGCCGGGGUACGGCCCCGAGGCUGAUGCCUGGGCCCUGGGAGCGGUGACCUACGAGAUGUUGGUGGGGCAGCCGCCCUUCAAGGGCUUCACUGAGGAGGACACCACCAACUUCAUCCUCACAGGUCGUGUGUUUGUGUGGGAGCUCCGGUUGCCCAAGAUGUUGUCCGAGCCCGCAAAGGACUUCGUCAAUCGGGCACUUGCACGAAAGCGGUUAGAGCGGCUCAAGGUUUCGGAGAUGCUGGAGCACCCUUGGAUCAAGUCGGCCGAGACGUUGGAAACGGCUCCCGAGCCUUUGGAGCUCGAGGAACCCGGUUUCCUGACCUACCUCUCCGCGGCCGGGGGCGGCGUGAGCGCUCUAGCGCCCAACCUGGGCCCCCUGCCCGACCUGAACGAGGAAGGGGACAGCGAGGUGCUGGAUGAUGACGACGACGAUGAGAUUCUCACGGCAGCCUCGCGGACCGGCGGCCUCUCCUCCAAUAUGGACACAUCCCUUCGCAACGGCAACGCGGCUUUCUCAGCUGUUGCGGGGCUCCUGUAUGACUCCUGCGGCGCCAUGGCUGCUGCGGCUGCUACAAACAAAAGCGGUUCCAGACACGGCGGCAACGCCUACCUGACGAUAGGAGGCGGCAGUGGCUCGCGCCACGUACUGGCGGUGGAGGUCAAGCGAGUAGCAAUAGUAACCCCGGAGCAAUAG